AUGGCCCCACGCCCUGACUCUUACUACAGCCCAGAAGCCACUGGAGGGGCUAAGGUGCUGGUUGAUCUACACCAAUCCGGGCAACCACUGAAACUGUAUGCCCGAUGGUUUUGUCCAUUUGGUACGUGCUUGGUCAAAUCCCUCGGUCAUGUCCACACUAACAGCUCAGUACAACAAGUCUGGCUAGCCCUUGAAGAGAAGAACAUUCCGUAUCAAUACAUCGAGGUCACCCCAUCCGAAGAUUCAAAUCCACCUCCAGAUCUGGGUCUCCGAAUUCUACUCCCAACUCCCUCGGUUCCAUAUUCAUUGUUGCCUGGGUGGGGGUCUGACACAAUUUUUCGAUACCUGGACAACACAUACCCAGAUCACCAGCCGCUGAUCCUGUCACAGAGUCCUUGGGAACGCCGUGAAAUCCAAAUCUGGAUCGACUACGUGAAAGAUCAAAUCAUUCCCUCUUUUCACAGGUUCUUGCAGUGCCAAUCCGCAGGCGCGGAUGAUGCAGAGGCGAGUUUGGAUCGAGCCCGGCAAAAUUUCUUGAAUCACCUCAAAGUCUGGACGUGUGCGAUGCAUCCUCAGGGUCCAUUCUUCCUCGGCGAGAGUGUCAGUGCCCCUGAUUUAAUGCUAGCUCCUUGGGCAAUACGGUUGUGGGUGUUCGAUGUGUUUAAGGAUGCUGUUGAGAGCAUGAAGAGCAUUCAGGAAACAACCAGCGACCCUAGGGAAUAUUUUCCGAUAUACAGGAGUUUUGCUGAUGGCCAGGGCGAACUGGCCAAGGUGAUACGGGCUGGUGCAUCGAAAACCUAUUCUGGCAAAGAGAUGUCAUACAAUAUGGAGGGCGAAUCGCCCCGAGGCGGCGCAAUGCGCGAACAGGGUUUCCCAGCCAUCCAUCCAUCUUUUAUACAGGUGGCCAACCCAUACAUAUUUGAGCAAACGGUUGAGAACUGCAUUGAGUCGAUGGGAGUCAAACCACCUCGUGAGACCUCAUCGCGUCUCCAGGGCGUGGCGUGGCUCGAUGAGGUACGGAGAGCAUUGAACUUGCCCAUUCGCACAUUUGAUACUGCCGUUGGUUAUUACCAUCGGUUCCGUUUGGUGCAUCCAGACAAUGAGUAUAACUUCACAGAUGCUGCGGCUGCUGCAUUAUUCACAGCGUGCAAGAUUGAAGAUACGCUCAAAAAGUCGCGUGACAUUGUAUGCGCCGCAUAUAACCUGAAGGUAUCCCCUUCAGAGCAAUUAUCGGCAGAUGAUCCAAUGUUUGAGGCAAAUGCACGAGGGAUUAUCGGUCUUGAACGACUCAUGCUCGAAGCCUCUGGUUUUGAUUUCCGCACUCGACACCCGCAAAAAACACUCAUGAAAUUGAGCCGGCAUUACGGACUUCCCCGUGAUUCCGAAGUGGCCAACCUUGCCUAUCGAAUCUCGGCGGAUCUUUACCGCACAUUUGCCCCUAUCAAACAGGGCUCGUCAGCAAUGGCUUUCGGCUGUCUCGAGCUUGCAGGUCGACUGUUAGACCAGCGAGCUCAACAGGUCGAGUCCGGCCAGGACUAUCCCCAAUGGAGCACAAGCCGUGCAGAAGUAAUGGAAACUCUUUUCGAUCUACUAGAGCUCUACACACACCACCGCUCACAUACAACUGUCGGGUCCGAAUUCCCUGCAGACAGGUUCCUAACCGUCCGCAUCCCCUUGAACCAAGAGGCUAGCGAGCAGCGUAUCCCGCGAUACGAUGUUUGGGUUCAUCAGCCACAAAAACCAUCCAAUGGUGCGGCAGGGGGAGCCCAAGACCCGCCUAGAAUCGCACACCCACUGACACCCAUUGCGGCGAAUGGGGAGAGUCAGAAGACUAGCGAAAGAGGCCGCGAUGCAGCAGUGCGGUUUAUGCUUGAUCCCGCAUGCGCGGACGAAGAGAAACGAGAAGUCGCGCGCUACUUCAAUGUUGAAAUGGAAGAAUAUGAAGUUGAGCAGUGA